GGUCAGGUGGCAGGUGCGACAUGGCAGUUGGUGGGAUUUCAUGGGCAUCUUGUUCCGUAUCAUGGAGCCUGUGUACGACCUGCUACGCAGGUUGGACCGCGGAGGGCUGCACAUGUCGCGGGUGGUUGAGUGGACACAGGAUCUGGCUCGCCGUGUAGCAGAGGAGGUUUAUGCACUUCCAACCGAUCUUGCACACUACAUUGUGCAGAGGGUGCAGGCUCGAUGCGCUCACAUGCUGGAGCCGGCGCACGCCGCUGCUCACCUUCUCUGUCCCAGCCGGCGGGACUUGCGGUACUUUGAGGGCGUGGUCAGCGACUACGACGCGAGCUUGGUGAGGGAGGCGGAGACUUACAUCUUGUCGCAGACAGGGUUUAGUGUGGCGAGACGCGACUACGAGACCGCAUGUGUGCAGUUGCGCAACUUCCACACACGGAGGGGGACGAUUGCUUGGGGGGGGAGAGACGGAGAGAGAGAUGCACAGAGGUGCACGGGCGAUGCGGAGACGUACGAGUCCGGGUGUUGGUGGUCGAGGUACGGGCAUUGCGCCCCGCAGUUGCAGGUUAUCGCUCUUCGUGUGAUGUACAUGUGGACGUGCUCCUCUCCUGCGGAGAGGAAUUGGGUCGUCCACGAGGGUGUACAGACGAAGAAGCGUAACCGGCUUGAGUUCGAGAAGGUCGCGAAGUUGGUUGAGAUCUCAGCCAACGUUCGCCUUCUCUCUCAUCAGCGGGCAGGCCGCGGGUUUGCGCUGCCGUGGACUCUAGAUGAGUCAUUGUUGGACGUGGAGGGAGGUAUCGGGAUUCGCCCCUCGUGGAAGGGGACGGACGAGAGCAGGACGCGGGAGGAGCUCGAGGAUCAGAGACGUUCAUGGCAGCGAGACCCAUGUGGGUCCAGAGCUCCUCCGGGUUAUGUGGGCGAUGUUUUUGGGACUCGAGCCGCCACAUUGCACCCGUACCCUCGAGACAACAGUGAUUCCGAGGGUGACGAGGACGAGGACGAGCCGGCGGGCCCCGCUACCGCCACUCCUGCGGCGGAUGAGCGUGAUGAGUGGAGCGACCCAGAGGACGUCCGUAGACGGAGUGGCAGAGAUGACCUGUUCGUUCCAGUUGAUUUGGAGGAGGAGUCUGGGGGUCGUCAUGGGAGCCCUGUAGAGCGUCCGAGGCCGACGUCCACUAGCCCGCUUCCCGCUGAGCGGAAGAGAGAUCCUGGGUCUGCACCUUCGAGGGGGGCAGAGUCGGGGAUUGGCCAUCGUCCUCUGGGUCGCUCUGGCAUGGCAUCAUCCACCGCUCUUCCCACUUCGACGGAGGAGCUUCAUCGACAGCCAGCCAGUGCAGAUCGAUUUCCUUCACCGGUGCAGGGGGACGACGGAGAUAGACAGGGGUUGGUUGGUGGAGAUGGUGGUGCGUUGGCCGGAGGUGGAGGCGGUGCCGAGGUUGCUGCGGCGUUUGAGGGGAUACCGAUGGGUGGCGGAGGCGGUUUCGGUGAGUUUGGUGACAUGGGUAUGCCCCCGGGAGGGAGCGUGGGUCCGGCCCAAGGAGAGAGCGAGUCCCGUGGGGACAUCAGUGUGGGUAUGCAGGACUUACUGGGACAGAUCAGCUUCGCGGACCCGAGUAGUUUCUCCCCUGCCAUGCGCGCAGAGGUGAUGUUGGGGGCAGAGGGGGAUGAGGACCGGACAUCCCCUGGAGAGACAUCUGAGGAGAGGUUGGAUAGGUUUGAUAGUCGUCGAGCUGCCCUCAUGGAGAGACAUCCCAGGAUGCAGGAGCUCGCCCGUCUUGCGGUCGAGGACCGACGGAGGCAGCUGGGGACAUUUACGCCGGCGUCCGUUGACGUAGGGCCAGCUGCCCACACGGAUCCUCCGGUAGAGGUUCACGACACCACGCAGCGGGAGGCGGCUUCAGCGGAGGUAUCAAGUACGGGAGUAGAUGUUCAACAGGGGACGCACGAGAGCGGGUUGGCACUGACAGAGGAGCCACGUUCAGAGCCGGCGCAGCCUCCUCCUUGUCCAACUGAGGCCCGAGGAUACAUUGCACGAGGUCGCGCGUGCCUCUGCCCGCGAGUUUAGUUGAGGGUGCCGUGCAGAUGUC